AGUCACCCUCAGUGUAUUGGCCACACAGUGUCAAGAUGUUGUGUUUGCUCGUGUUGCUGGGCGCGGCUGCUACUGCCGCCGCUCAGACCUCGGAGUCUCGGGUCGUCACCACGCAUCACGGUCCGAUCCGGGGCUACAAGCUCCCGGAUGGCUCCAUGUAUGGUUUCUACGAUGUUCCCUAUGCGACUGUGCCCGCGGGAAGGGACAAAUUCAAGGCGCCUCUACCUCCACCCACAUGGACGCAACCAUUUGAUGCAGUUCCCCGAGGUGUCAUAUGCCCGCAACUCAAUAUUCUAAUAAAUGUACCGCACAUUAUGCAAGAAGACUGUCUGGUAGCAAACAUAUUCGUUCCCGAUACUAACAUUACUAAUCUGCCAGUCGUGGUCAAUGUCCAUGGCGGAGGUUUUGUCUUAGGAUCUGGAAGCUCAUUACAAUACACAAACUUCGUCAGAAACAAUAACAUGAUCUUGAUCACAUUUAACUACCGCCUUGGAGCGUACGGUUUUCUAUGUUUAGGCACUGAAAAUAUUCCUGGAAACGCGGGCAUGAAAGAUCAAGCAGCUUUACUGCGAUGGGUUAACCAAAACAUUGCACAAUUCGGAGGCAACCCUAAUGACGUAACUGUAAUGGGAUGCAGCGCUGGCGGGAUCUCUGCUGAUUUAUUAACGAUGUCGAAUAUGACAAGAAAUCUCUUCCAUAAGGCAAUACCAGAAAGCGGAUGCAGUUACGGAGCACUUGGAAUACAAUACGAUCCGAUACAGAACGCAAGGGAUUAUGCUAGGCUUUUGAACUACUCUAAUGUCGAUAGCAUAGAAGCUUUGGAAGAGUUUUAUUUGACGGUUCCAGCCGCAACGUUGGCAACGCGAUUAAUAAGCACCGUAACCCAUCUAGAUUCCAGCCUCACCUUCACUGCAUGUCUAGAAAGAGAUGUUGGAGUAGAAAUGUUCCUACAAGAUGACCCCGCAGACAUACUGAAAAAUGGAGAUUUCCCUGCCAUGCCAUUGUUAUAUGGACUAGCCAAAGAGGAAGGUAUCUUCAGAAUACCAAACAUAUUAUUAGGAUGGCUGAGCAAGAUGAAUGAGCAUUUUUCAGAUUUUUUACCAAAUGAACUGGAAUUUGAGAGUGCGGAAGAAAAAGAAAGAGUGGCAAACACCGUCAGGACUUUUUAUUUCGGAAAUAGAUCUAUAGGCAUAUCGACAAUACCAGAAUACGUAGAUUUUCACACCGAUGUUCUAUUUGGGUAUAGAAUGAUGAAGGGUCUUACUUUACGACUUGAAGCUAAAGAUCAGCCUAUAUAUCUCUAUCAAUAUUCAUUUGUUGAUGAAAAUACUCAACCGAUAUGGUUUACGAAUGUGACGGGGGCCGACCACUGCGACCAAGUAAAUAUCAUGUCCGACCACGACACGACGGGCAAAACAGAAGCGUAUCAUAACAUGCAAAAUAUGACGCGCUCGCUCUGGACCAACUUUAUACGUACUGGAGCACCUGUCCCCGAUGGAUCCUCGCUGCCAACCUGGCCAGCAACGAACAUCUCCAGGUCUCCCUACAUGGACCUAGGCCCUGUAGUGCGGUUAGAAAACUCCAUGUUCGGAGCCAGGUUUGAACUGUGGGAUGGAAUCUACGAGAACCAUUAUAGAAAACCCAUGCGUCCGAAUCCCAACAUGCCCGGUAGUGCUGCGGGCGUAGCGUCUAAUGUUUAUGUAUUGGGCCUUGUUGUUUGUAGUUUAGCCUCUCGGUAUUAUUAUUGAACAAAUUAGAAAGUUGUUUAUGUACAUUCAACAUAUCUAGUUGGUGAUUUACCUUUUCCCAUUUUAAACCUAGCAAGAAAUAAUGUAAAGCAUAAGGCGUCGCGUAGGCGCUAUCCAAUUGUUUAAGCAACAAAUAAUACCUAUCAUAAAUGUUUUAAAAUAAGGAACACGGUGUUUUUGUCUAUCCUAUAAGCGGAUAUUGUAAAUUAAUUAAAUUGUAUAACAAUACUAAGAAAAACCACUAAUUGCUCCAAUUGCUAUAUAUGAAGAUGUCACGUGACUGGAUAGUGUUCGUUACAAGGUGAUGAUGCAUUUUCGAGCGAUAUCAGGGUUAUCUAAGAUAGUUGCAGUACAAAAUAAAUUGAUUUAUAAGUUUAAAGAUAAAAAAAGGAAAUAUUAUUUUAAAAUCAUAAUA